GAUAAUUGUUUUUGCUCUUCAUGAAUUACUUGCUGGGACAAGGAUAUUAUCUAAAAUAUUAUGGACUUAUAAAGCACCAAUAUUAUCAUAAACAUAUCACGAAACGUCUGUUUAAGACAUCGUGUAGCGUAACUAAUCAUAAAACGCCGAUAGCAAAAUCCAAUGACUUUAGGAAGUCCUAUGAAUACAUUAUAAUUGGAGCUGGUUCAGCUGGAUGUGUUUUGGCCAAUCGUUUAAGUUUACCACAUCCUAAAACAAAAAAUUCUAGUAAAGUUCUGGUUCUAGAAGCUGGUCCUACAGAUGUUGGAAUUUCCAGAUGGACAAUUAAGAUGCCGGCUGCUCUUAUGUACAAUCUUUAUCACGAUAAAUACAAUUGGUAUUAUCACACUGUUCCUCAAAGACAUAUGAAUGACCGUACUAUGUACUGGCCCCGAGGUCGUGUUCUUGGGGGAAGUUCAUCUUUAAAUGCCAUGGUCUAUAUUCGAGGUCAUCCGUUAGAUUAUGAUAGGUGGGAAUUGGAGGGUGCUGAUGGUUGGAAUUAUGCAAACUGCUUGCCAUAUUUUCGCAAAGCUCAGACUCAUGAACUCAAUGGGAACCAAUAUAGAGGUUCUAAUGGCCCAUUAUAUGUAUCCAGAGCUAAAACUAAUCACCCAUUACAUUCAGCCUGGAUUGAAGCAGGCAAACAGGCUGGCUAUCCGUUUACUGAUGAUGUAAAUGGGUAUCAACAAGAGGGCGUGGGCUACUUUGAUAUGACGAUUAAAAACGGUGAAAGGUGUUCAGGUUCCACGGCUUAUUUACAUCCAGCUAUGAAGUCUAGUUCUAACUUAACUGUUGAAACAAAUGCACUAGUCACGCAAAUACUCUUUGAAAAUAAAAGGGCGGUUGGCGUAAAAUACAGCAAAAACGGUCAAGUUCAUGAGGCUAGAGCAGAAUCUGAAGUGAUCUUAUCAGGAGGAGCUAUAAACUCACCACACUUACUAAUGUUAUCGGGGAUUGGUGAUGUAGAUUAUUUACGCUCAAUUGGAAUAGAUGCUUGGCAUCAUUUACCUGGUGUCGGACAAAAUUUACAAGAUCAUUUAGAAUUAUACGUACAACAGGCUUGUAAAAAGGUAUUUAAUAAUAUCACAAUUAAGUUGUUUAUUCAGAUUGUAUAUAUCAGUGAAAGUAGAUUUAUAAUAAUUACCAUUUCUUUUAAUGCUCACAACUUCAUGAAAACCCAGGUAUACAUUUGUGUUCAUAACUCACGUAAUCCUGUGACUGAUAUCGACAUUAAAGCAUAUGUGGCUAUCGUGAGUUUUUUGUUAGCAAUUUAUGAAGGACAAUGGUGAAAUGUAACAGAAAUGUUUCAUCUGGUUUGUGACUAAGUUGAAUAAUAAUAAAUCAAACUGAUAGCUUCGUGUAACAGAAGAAGAUUGUUAUCAUGAGUCUUAUUUCUUCCCUGUCAAAUUUUCAAACUUGCCUAAUCAUUAUGCUUUAGCCAUUAGCAUAAUAUACUUCACCAUGCAUGCGAGAAGACCAUACCACAUUGUGUUGUAUGCUAGCGAGAUAGAAAAAAGACCAUAAGUACAAUGAGUAUUUAGUGAUUUCCAAAUGUUAUUGCAAGCCGUUAGACAAUACCAUGUUCAAAUUGUAAACACCUAUUAUUUUGCAGAGUAGGAGUCAGCACUUUAUUUUAGUAAGCCGUGCUGUGAAAACAGUUUUGCUUUGAUCACUUUAAUUUUCAGGCUGCCAUAACAUGAUAAAGUAAUAUACAAGGACAUAACUAAUCCGGAAAUUCAAAUAAAACAUUUUCACUGUUAUACCAACGUUGUUUUCUCUCAUCUUCCUAGAUAUUUCUGAAAUAAUCUAGAUAGAAGGGAGCAUAUCCUAAGUGGCACACAGUCAGGAAAGUUUAAUCUAGCUGGUUGGGUUAACCGUUUAUUUGUGAAGUAUAAAUUGUUACUGUAUACUGAUGUUUUGAAGAAUGGAGACUUUUCUUAUUCUUUUAUGGCUUACAACUAUCCAAUAACGCUUUACAAAGCUCAAUGGAAAUAUCCACAUAUUAUGGUUGGGAUCGGUUUAAAAUGGAUAUUAUUCCGUCGGGGCUGGGCGGCGACAACUCAUUUAGAAAGUGGUGGUUUCGUUAGAACAGAAGCAAAUAUUUCUCACCCUAACAUUCAGUUUCAUUUUCUCCCAUCGACAAUACAUGAUCAUGGACGUAAAAUGGGUGGUCAGCAUGCAUUUCAGGUAAGGAUCUCACGCUCCCAUUUUAUUCUUGUAGUUGCUAGUUUUCGUGUGAACGGGCUAAAAAUAGGAAAUUCCAAUAAAUACUGUAUAUGACAUCAUUCUAGGUGAAUUAAAAAUGUAAAGCUUGGUCACAAAACUGACCGAUUAUUGCUAGAUAUCUAAAUUAAAUCAAAGCUAGUAUAACAUAUGGGGGAAUAAUAUGUAGUAAAUUUUUAGAUUGCUCCUAAUGUUCUGAUGCAAUGUAUUUGGGAAUAAUCUUGUCAACUGCUAUAUUUAGUCUAUUGACCAAUGGAUUUCUCUGGGUUUAUUUGAUUUUAGUGGUUGAUAAACUUCAUUUAUUUCAGUAAAACGUUUUUAGAUCCCCAGGCCUUUUGUGAUAGAAUUAUGUAAGGGGAAAAAUACAUCUCGGAUUUCGCAUUGAUUCCAAAACGAACCUUGGUGGAUGUGAACGUCGGGUGGUUGUUCCCUGUUGAUACUUCCCAUAUUUUUGUACAAAGUUAAUAAAGAGUUAGUUCAGUCCCAGAUCUCAUCACAAUUUUAGGUCAGUAUAGGUUAUUUCGUUUUGAACAUGGAGUAACCGUUAUCAUAACAGCUAUUGUCAAAUAAUAUCACUAUUUCAAACUCAAUAGUCUAAUUGUUCUAUUUAUUUCAUUUCACGAUAUAUGUAACUUUUAAUAACUACAACACUUGAUGCAUAAAGUUUCUAAUACAAAGAAGUUUUUAACCUUGAGAUAGCCUUUCACUUUGAGAAGUAGGUCAAAAUCGAUAAACUCUUAUUUAGAUGAUCGAUCACUUCUUAUUAUGUUCCUUUUCGAAACAUUCAGGAUGGAUUUAGUAGGAAGAUAUAAAUCUUUCUUGGCGUUGUGUAUAUGCAUUUAUCAUUAUUUUUUAGAAGUUUCUAUCCGUUUUGAGCGAUUAUCAUUUUCUUGGAAGUAACUACUCAUUUGAAUAGUGAAUUUACCAGAAUCACGUUCUAUGAUUGUAAUUUCAUUCAUUAUGAAUAGAAUUCAAAUUUCAGUCGUUUAAAAUAAACUCAUUAUAUAGAAUCAAGAUGAUAUAGUUCUAACUACGUUUCAAAAAGCACCGACUUCAGAGGAUGCAUAAGGUGAUCAAUAAUCAAUCAUUAUGGAAGUGAGCAUGACAAUAAGAAAAAUAGGUAGUCAAAAGAAUAAAAGUAGCUAUUUGUACAGUUGAAAAGGCAUUGUCAUUUGAGAAAUGUACGGACACUCAUAACAAUAAAAAAGGUACAAAUUUUAUUUCUUUUAGGUAAAUUGUCUACAUGUAAAUGAAAAACCGUUCAAGGAUCAAUGUGAUCUUUUAAGAAAGCACUGUUCUCUAUCUAUUAACAGGCCAUAUUUGAGACUACUUUAAAAGUAAUAAAUCUAAUCUUUGUAUUAUCAUGUUUUAAUUUUUGAUAGAAAUUGACGCAAGCAUCUUACGUACAGUUAGUUCAAGAUAAAAGCUUCACAUUGGUAAUAAUUAGUGUUUAAAGUGUGACUAGAAUAUAAUUACAACAACAUAGAGAAGAAAAACUAGUGACCUUAUAAAAUUACUGAAAUAGUGUAAUGAAAUAUCCAUCUUGUUUGCCGUUUUUAUAAAAACACCAUACACUCAUUCUGCUUUCAGUGAUCACGUAUGUACAUUGUAAGAAAAUAAGUAGUAAUAAAGUCAGAGUAAAUCUGUCUAUUAAACUACUCUAAAAUUGUACUAAUUAAAUGCUGAUAUUACUCAACAAGUAAUAUCAAUCUGUCUUUGAAAUUUUUAGUUAUUGUCAUUUGAAAUCGAUUACAGUAAUAUGAGUUCAUUCAUUUUUCAUUCGUUAACCUUGAACGACGUAUCAUCUCUCAACUUUCGUUUGUUGUAUUAUGUCACUUAUUUCAACAUUUGUGAUCCAUCAUUGUUGGUUUUUAGAAGUUUUUCUGUCAAUUGAUCUUUUUCGAGCUUUUUUCUUGUUCAGCAUUCUGACACAGUGAUACGUGUAGUUCAUUCACUUUUAAUUUAGAUUCAAUAAAGUCUAUACUAUUCAUUGCUUCCAUUUUUAAUGGUAUAUUCUGGUUAUGCUUAGUCACAUAAUAUAUUUGAUAACUUCAUUUUUUUUGCUGUAUUUGCGUCAGAUAGUACAUACAAAAUAAAAUAAUGAGCUUACUUCAUUUCCGACGUAAAUUAGGUAUUCAAUAAUAUUAAAAGUAAGUAGAACUAGUGAUGUUAAGCAACUGAAUUAAUAACUUGACUUAAUAUUGUACAUAACUGUUCGGCUUGAAAUAAAGCUUUUCUGAAAAUUAAAACAUGCCUUAUAAAACCUUUCUUUAAAGUCAAUAAACAGAAAUGAAUAAUAAAUGAAAAUUCAAUAUUAAAUUUUACAAUAUGAUCGAGUAGUUAACACAUUUCUGCAAUUGGAACUUUAUCAAACAAGUUAAUGUAGUAUUUUUGAUCAACAUUAAUAACAUUAUAUAGGUGCAUGUUGGACCAAUGAGGUCAAGAAGUCGUGGCCAAAUUUUAUUGUCUCCUGCAAGUCUAGGUUUUGCUCCAAAAAUAGACCCAAAUUAUUUAGCCUGUGAAACUGAUCGAGCUGAAAUGCGAGCAGCCAUUCGUUUGUCACGCGAAAUAUUUGCUCAGCCUGCAUUAGCGAAAGAAUUCGCAGGCAAAGAACUGGCUCCAGGUGAGGAUAAAGUAUCAAAUUCUCAACUGGAUGAAUUUGUACGUUCUUUUGGUGAUAGUGCAUACCAUCCUUCUUGCACUUGCCGUAUGGGUAAAAAUCCUGAUGGUCGUAAAGCCGGAAGUGAUGAUGAGAUACACAAUGGUUAUUUGGGUAAUGGUAGAAUAGAGGCAGCAGUUACGCAAUCAAACUGUAAAGUGUGGGGUAUUGACAAUCUUCGUAUUGUUGAUGCAAGUAUAAUGCCAUCAAUUGUUUCAGGCAAUUUAAAUGCACCUGUCAUAAUGAUGGCUGAAAAAGCUGCAGAUAUUAUUGUCAGUUCUCGAGAUGGUGUUUCAGUUGUUUUGCCAGCUGAUCCAAAUUCCUCCUAUUGGAAACCACAGCAUCCUGAUAAACAACGUGAUGGUGUUCCACUUGUAUCUCAUCAUUUGCUUUAACUAGUAUGAAGAUUAAAAAAAUUGAGACAAUCUAUCCAGUAUAUUAACUCCCUCGUUUUAGACAUACUAUUUACAAAACACACAUUAUCACACUCCCAAUAAUAGUUGCUUUCAAAUAAAUGCCUUACUUGUUUUUGUUUUCUUUUUUUUUUGUCAAAGACUUUUAAAGCUCUUGAUAAUAGUACUUUUUUAAAAUUACAUUUCCAUAUUGAAAGUGCUUAUACUGAAAUUACAGGAAAUCCCAUUGAAUUAGAUUUUUCCAAAUAUCCACGUUCUAUUUUAUUUUUGUUCUGUUUGGUUAACUUAAUAACAGUUUUUAUGAUUAUUGCAAUUUCAUAUAAUAGAAUGGUAAUAAAUAAAGUGAUAAUUUAACUA